AUGGAUAUAUUUAUAUUGCUCCUGCACUAUGGUAAUAAUAAUGUUGUUCAUCCACGGCUCCCCUUAGAGAUACUGGAAUGGUUGGCUCAAAUAGAAGCCUCAAAAGAUCCAGUGCAAGCAGAAUCAGCACGCAAAGAAAUGGAAUCAAUUGAAGAUACAAUUAACUUAUUAAACACAAAUUUAAUGUGUAGGUCACAGGAUGAUUGUUUUGCUGCGGCUUACGGUAUGAACGGAUGUCAUUUACCAAAUGGUGCCUUCAUUAUUUCUCGGUUGAAUAAACAUUUACCAGCCAUUGACAUACUGGUUGAACGAACUAAGGAAUUACGAGGAAAAUAUGUGCAGUUCAGUGGACCAGCGAUCUGUGGUACUUCGCCUAUACUUCCGUCAGCAAAGUGCGAUAUGACAAAUAAUCAAUGCGUCGAAAAACCAUGGUGGGACUUUUCUGGUAACAUUUCUAAUGUAUCCACAUUACUGUGUGGAGCAUCUCUAAUUUGUCAAAACUAA